AGUUUGUGAGGUCCGACAGCCGACGGUGACGUCACGUCCCCCCGGCAGAGCUUCAGCUUCGCCUGAGAGAUGGCGUCUCUCCUGCAGCCCGACAGAGUUAUCUACCUGGUUCGCGGGGAGAAACGGAUCAGAGCCUCCCUAUCUCAGCUGUAUUUCUGUCGCUACUGUAGCGAGCUCCGAUCGCUAGAAUGUGUGUCUCACGAGGUGGACUCUCAUUAUUGUCCGAGCUGCCUGGAGAACAUGCCAUCUGCAGAGGCUAAGCUUAAAAAGAACAGGUGUGCAAAUUGUUUCGACUGCCCCUGCUGCAUGCACACGCUGUCGACUCGAGCCACUAACAUCCCCGCUCCGUUGCCCGAUGAUCCCACCAAGACGACCAUGAAGAAAGCCUACUAUCUGGCCUGUGGCUUCUGUCGCUGGACCUCCAGGGAUGUAGGCAUGGCUGACAAAUCAGUUGCCAGCGGUGGUUGGCAGGAGCCAGAGAACCCUCACGCUCAGCGGAUCAGCAAGCUGAUCGAGUAUUACCAGCAGCUGGCCCACCGAGAGAAGCAGGAGAGAGACAGAAAGAAGAUGGCCCGGAGGCGACAGUGCAUGCCCCUCGCCUUCUCGCAACACACUAUUCAUGUGGUGGAAAAAUACGGCCUUGGAACCCGACUGCAGAGGCAGAGGUCUGGAGCUUCCAUUUCAAGCCUGGCUGGCCUCUCCCUCAAAGAGGGCGAGGACCAGAAGGAGAUCAGCAUCGAGCCGGCGCAGGCCCUCGAUGAGGUGGAGCCGCUGCCCGAGGACUGCUACACCAGACCCAUCAGUUUACCUGAAGUGACCACGCUGCGUCAGAGGCUUCUGCAGCCGGACUUCCAGCCCGCAGGAGCGUCUCAGCUCCACCCACGACACAAACACCUCCUGAUGAAGCGCUCCCUUCGCUGCCGGAAAUGUGAGCACAACCUGAGCAAACCGGAGUUUAAUCCAACUUCAAUCAAGUUCAAGAUCCAGCUGGUGGCUGUGAGCUACAUCCCUGAAGUGAGAAUUAUGUCCAUUCCAAACCUGCGAUACAUGAAGGAGAGUCAGGUGCUGCUGACUCUGACUAACCCGGUGGAGAACAUCACUCACGUCACUCUGACUUCGUGUGACGAAGAGGAUCCUGAUGACAUCAACAGCACCGCCAAGGUUAUUUUGCCCAGUAAAGAACUGGUCCUGGCAGGAAAAGACGCUGCGGCCGAGUACGAUGAACUGGCUGAACCUCAGGACUUCCAGGACGAUCCAGACGUUGUCGCCUUCAGGAAAUCCAACAAGAUCGGAUUCUUCAUCAAGGUCAUCCCCCAGAAGGAAGACGACUCCGACGUCGCCGUCUCCUUCAAAAUCCGACACGACUUCCGCAACCUGGCCGCCCCCGUGCGGCCGAGCGAGGAGACGGGCGACGCCGCUGCCGCUGCCGAAGCCGUUUGGCUCACGCAUCACGUGGAGCUGAGGCUGGGGCCGCUCGCCCCCUGAGCUCCAAUCAGAACGCUCCGAAUUAGUCUCUUCAAACCACGUUCUGAUUUCACUGGCAGGAGUUUCAGACUUUUUUGCUUUUGACGGUUUUCUCAGUCGUAGGUGAAGUAGCUUCAGCAGACAUUGUGGGGGUGAAAAAAAAAACCAGCAUGAGAGCUGAGCAAGUUUACCUUCAUUUAAUGCUUCUUGGUUAGUUCCAGUGCUGCUGAUUGAUGUAACAAACAUGUAAGAACAAUGAUUCAGUAAAGAUCUGCUUCAACACUAUAAACCAUCUGUCAGUGAGAAAUGCUGCAGAGAAAACUAACUCCUUUGUCUUAAAUCUGCUCUCCUCAUUGUAUUCAAAUGUGGCGCUCUUCCAGGAUUAUUUAUGUCCGCCGAAUUAGAGCUUAUAUUUAAAUGUUUAUACACCGGGAUGGCACAGAGCUUGUAGAAAUCUGCACCAAACACACCGCUUCUAGUUUCCAACUAGUUUUAUAUGCAUGCUUCAAUAUUAGCAAAGCCAGCUCAUGUUAGACAGUGUUUCUGUUCUGUUGUGUCCCAAAAAGUCAGCAGCACGUUAACCACCAAGAUUAAAAAUCACAGGUGAGCAAAGGUAAUUUUUUUUUAAUCCGAUGGCCCAGAUUAGGUUGGCAUUGCUAAGAUGUGAGCUCAGAUCCCUGUAGAUUAAUUAUCAGGAAUCUGUCAGCACCUUCUAUAAACAAAGAGCAAACGGCUCCAUAAGCAUGUCGACGUCACACAACAAGGAUAUAAAUAUUUAUCAUAGUGUUUGUCUUCUUAAAGGUGUAUAAGAAGCUCUAUAAACCUGAUUAAGGAGUCAAAUUCAACGUGAAUGUGUUUAAAUCUACAUUUUUUCCCCAUCAUUCUUUUAUUUGGUUUGUAGACGUCACUAACAUCCCUGCUGGUGGAUUGUGAACUGUUCUUUAUGUUUUCUGCUUUUUGUUUGGUGUGUGCACUUUGUAAAACUCAAGUUGUGCUUCAACAAUAAUCAUCAGAACAGGAAAAUAAAACAGUGCAGUACUGCAA